UAACAGCUGUUAUACUCUAUAUAGACUGUUAAUAUCCACUGCAGACACGUAUUUACACUUUGGAUGUGUUUUUAAUUAAAAAUUAAAACAGUGCUCGAACUAGGGAACUGAGGCAGUUAAAAAGUAGCCCAACACGGCCUCAUCAUGUUUGCCAACCUGAAGAAUAAGCUGAUCGAGGAGGUGAAGGCGUCCCCCUCGAAAUUUCAGCAAUUUGCGAAUGCUGCCCAGGCCGCCGUGAGCUCAUCGAGCACAACACCCAACUCGGACUCGAACAACAGCAACAACAGCGAAAACUUUUUCAGCAUCACGGAGGAGGACACGCCUCAGAACUCCCCGUAUCGCAUCCAGAAACUGCCGGCCACCAGUGCGUCGUCGCUGCGGGGACGCUCCUCCACCCAGUCCCUCAAUGGCCUCGGAGGCGGAGCCACGCCCAGGACGAGGAAGUUGUCCAACUCGUCGAUGGCCAGCGAUGUGUCCUUUCGCCUGCCCUCCUACGAUGCCCCAGCCGUCUACCACCUUCAGUCCGACCUGGACGAGACGAGUAGUGAGUUCGAUGACUCCGCCUCGACGGCUCGCUUGGAUGUCGUCACCAAGGAUCAGCUGUACGAUGCCUACAAGAAGUCCCUGGACAGGUAUCACAAGUACCGAUGCCGCUACACGGACUUGGCAAAGAAGUACAAGGAAUUAGAGCGCGACAGCUCCAAGGCGAGGUCGGUGCUGGUGGAGACCCAAGACAAGGCCCUGAGACGGAUCAGCGAGCUGCGAGAGCAGUGUACAUUGGAGCAGCAGGCCAAGGCGCACCUGGAGGAGGCUCUGCGCAUCGAAAUGGACGACAUGAGCUGCAAGAUGCAGGCCUAUCAGACGAAACUUAAACUGCUGGGGGAGAAUCCCGACAACAUUACUGCUGCCCUGGAGAGGAGUGGCCAGGAAUUGAACUCGGAGAAGCUUAUAGAUAUAGAUGAGAAGGCAGCAUCCUCUGCCAAUGGCGCCUCUGGCGAGGAUAUCACCCUUCUCCAGCAGAAACUUAAAGAGAGCGAGGCGCUACUUAAGGAGGUUACCGAGAAAUACGAGGCUCUGCGAAAGCAGGAGGAGGAGAACGUUCUGCUGCUGGCCCAAACUAAGCAGGCCAUCCACACGGAGUUAGAGCACAAGGACAUCGAGGUGCGAAACCUGCAGGAGAAGCUAAAGCAGCUUGAGGCACAGCGGGAAUCGCACACUAGCGAUGCCAAGGAACAACUGAAGAAGUUCCAGUCAUCCAAGCAGGAAGUCGACGCCAAACUGAUAGCCACAGAGCAUCUUUUGAAUACGCUGAAAGGCAACUACGCAACCAAGGAGCAACAGGUGGCCACACUCGAAAAACAAUUGGAGGCCCUAAAGGCAGAAAACGAACAAAAACUAAAAGACAUUCAGAAACAAAACGAAGAUCGCGAUAGUCAAGCCUCUGACUCCAACGCGGAGCUUGUGAAGGCACAAUCUGCCCAGUUGGAUGCCGAAUCGAAGCUUACUACUAAGGACCAGGAACUGGAAAGCCUUAAGAACGAUUACAAAGCUAAGGAGGAUCAGUUGGUGGAAUUGGAACAGCAACUUGUUGCUCUCAAAAAGGAAAACGAAACGAACCUCGAGACACUUCGGAAAUACAAAGAGGACCUUCAGUCCCAAUCGAACGAAGCAAAAGAGCAGGAAAAUAAAUUAAAGACAUCCAAGGACGAAGUUGAGGCUAAACUUGUGGCAGCAGAAGGAGAAAUAACGUCCCUUCGAACAGAAAUUAAAGCCAAAGAGGAUCAGUUGGCGAAGCUGCAGGAAAACCUCGAAACUCUCAAAACGGAAAACGAGAAGAAGUUGGAAAAAUUGCGCCAAGAACACCAGGAUCAUAGCUCGCAGUCUCAGGAAAUACAGGAAGAGCAGAAUAAACUGCGAGCAGCUAAAGAAAAAGCUGAGAACAAGCUCUUUGAAGUGGAAAAGAGUUUAAAUGCCUUGCAAACAGAGCUUUCGGCCAAGGAGGAGCAAGCUGAUGCCUUGGAGCAGCAGCUGAAUGCCCUAAGGACCGACAGCGAACAGAGAUUGCAGGAUCUGCGGCUGCACAACGACCAGUUGACGGAAAUCGUUCAGCGCCAUCAACAGAGCGACUGGGAGGGGCAGCUGGCAAAGGCCAAGGAAGAACUAACGGCCAAGACCCUGGAGCUGGAGAAGAACCUUGAGAUGGAACGCGAGUCCGUGGCCGCCGUGACUUCUGAAAAGGCGUCUCUGGAGGAGCAGCACAGACUGAAACUGGAGCAGCUGCAGCGCGAGAUUCAAAUCCUGAACGACCAGCACGCCAACUCGGAGAGCGAAACUGUGACGGCUCUUAAAACUCAACUGGAAGCCAUCAGUCAGGAGCUAUCCAGCAGUCAGGCUAGUCUGCUAGCCAAGGAGAAGGAGCUAAAAGCCAAUGGCAAUAAGCUCAACAAACUGAAGAAGCAACAUGACCAACAUCAGUCGAAGUUCAGCGAACAAACUGCUCGCUUGGAACAGCUCCAAAGCGAGCUGACUAAUCGUCAGAACCAGCUUCAAAAGGUGGAGAGCGAAAAGGAGGAGCUGCAGACUCGGGUCGCUGGGAUUCUGGAGGAGAUCGGCACCAUUCAGGCGCACCUACAACAAGUUCAAGACUCACACAGCGAACUGGAGCGCGAGAAGCGCAAACUGGAAGCCCGCAUUGAGGCCCUUCAGCAGGAGCAGUUGGACAGCAGUGGCCAGGCUGCCAAGCUAGAGGGGAUCCAGAGCGAGAACACCAAGUUGGCCGAGCGCAACUGCCUGUUGGAGGAGCAGGCGAACCACUUGGAAUCACAAGUGCAGUCCAAGCAGGAGGAGAUUGGCAAGAUUCAGCUGAAGCUGCAACAGGUCCUGGAUGAGCAUUCGAAGCUCCAGAACGCCCAGGAGUUGAUGGAUCACGACCACCGCACCUUGCAGGAUAAAUGCGAUGCCUACGAGAAGGAGAAGCUGCUGACCAAGGACACGCUGGACUGUCUCCAAGUGGCCAGCGAGGAGUUGCAGCAGGUUAAGGCCAGUCUCGAGCGCAACCUGGAGGAGCAGCAGCAGCAACUGUUGCAGUUGAGGGAACGCCAGCGGGAACAAGAGCAGCAGCUGAAGGACCAGGCGGAGCGCUGCGCUGAGCUGGAAAGCCAGAAUUUGGAAAAUGAAACGGAGCUCAAGGCGACGAUCAAGAAUCUUCGCGAGCAGCUGGAAGCCUCCCAGCAGGCGGAUCAGGGAAUUCAGGAGAAGAUUCAGGCAGCCAGUGCAUCCCAAGCCGCCCAGAUAGCCACUCUGGAGGCCCGCUGGAGUGCCGCCAACUCUGAUGUGGAGCGCCUGCACGAAGCCAACGAUGCCUUGCAACUGGAAAUGGAUCAGUUGAAGAGCAAACAUCGGGAGGAUGUGGAAGAACUGAAGGAGUCGGUAGCUCAAAAGAACCGUCGGGUUGUGGAGCUGCAGGAGAUCCUGGCCGAGAGCGAUCGGCAGCUGCAGGAGCGGGCGGAGAACUCACAAAAACUGGCCAAGUACGAUGAGAUCCAGGUGGAGAAUGAGUACCUUAACAAGCACACCAAGCAACUGGAGCAGGAGCUGGCGGAGGGUGAAGAAGUGAAGGGGAAACUCAAGUCCCUCCAGUGUGAGUUGUAUGUUCUGCAGGAGAAGGCCGAGCUGCAUGCCGUCCAGAUGUCCGAGAAGGAGGUCCAGAGCGAGGCAGCCAAGGCAGAGGCAGCGAAGCUCAAGAAGGCCAUCGAUGAGCAGGCCGUGGAACUGACGCGCCAAAAGGAACACGCCAGCUUCGUGACCGAGCAGAGCGACGCGGUGCAGAAGGAUCUCCUCCAGGCUCAACAGCAACUCCAGGAAAAGCAGAACGAGCUGACGAAAUCCCAGGAAGAACACUCAAGUCUGCAGGACAAAAUUGAAAGUCUCACCAAGGAGAUAUCCAGUCUGAAGGAGCAAUCUGCGGCGUCCUCUGACUCCGACAGCCUGCGCAGCCUCAACGAGCGACUGCAGCGGGAGCUGGAGGAUCUGAAACACAAGAGUAAUGCGUCCGAGUCCAGUAUGCAGCAGGAGCUGGAGGAGCUGCAGGCCAACAACCAACAGAUGGCCGAACGGAUCAACGAACUGGAAGCUCUGCGGGCAGGUAUCCAGGCCCAGCAACUUCUAGCCAGCAUGGCGCCCAAAAACGUGCAGGAGGCGGCCGCCGCGGGCGAGAAGGCUGAGCUGGAGGCGAAGCUCAAGGAGAUAGCCAACGAGGUGCAGGACGUGACCAAUCGCAAUCUGUUCCUGGAACAAAAGUGCGAGAACUACCUGAUACUGGAGCAGUCCAACGAACGACUCAAGCUGCAGAACGCUAAGCUAUCGCGGCAAUUGGAUGAAACACUGGUAUCCAUGCAGCAUAGUGAAAGUGUUCCCGCCAACACAGAGUUUGAAUACUUGCGGAAUAUCAUGUUCCAGUAUCUGACAGGCAACACCAACAACGAGACGUUGGUCAAGGUGAUAUCAGCAGUCCUGAAAUUCUCGCCACAACAGGCCCAGGUUGCCUUGGAAAAGGAGCACCAGCGUCGAUCCUUGCUAAACAAAAUAAUCUAGCAUGAACUAAAUGCUCUCUACGACGACAACUGGGUCUGGGACUCCUGUCCGAAUACGCUUCGUGAGCACCUUUGAAACGCUGGGCCUGGGAAUUCAUCAAGUACCUUAUACCUCACAUCCGGCAGAGGGGCAUUUCGAGAUGUUGUUGUUGUUGAAGCUGUGUGCUCAACUGUGCACUAGACCCAAGAUAGAUAAAUGUUACUGUACAGUCCACUAAUUAAUUAUAGCUACUUGUCUAAAUUCAUGCUAAGCACUUUUGUAAAUGUUUAUUACGCUUUCCUAUGUUUCCGGCCGAACUAUCCAUAUCCACACCCCCCAUUUAAUCCCCGAUCUAACCUAAGUGCAAUCGAUUUGUGUAUUUUAGUUAUAAGUUGAAAUUUGUAAAGAUCCGUAUUUGUAUCCGUAUCGCAUUUGGCAUUUAAUUUAAUUCAGAAAAUCUAAAAAUUACACACUUAUAUAAAUAAAUAGUUGCAAUUCAUACAAGGA